ACCGGCCAUUUCAUUUUCGCAUAGCACAAGACGUUUCGAACUCUUCAAAUCCAAAAGAAAAAAAAAAACUCUCGUCUCUGCACGCGCACGCUCUCAAGUAUUUUUCCCUCCUCCCUAACUUCUUUAUCUCUGUAGUGGCAAAGUAUGGCGGAUUGGGGACCUGUAGUGGUAGCUGUGAUACUAUUCGUGCUUCUGACUCCGGGACUUCUCUUUCAGAUCCCGGCGAGAGGUCGAGUCGUCGAAUUUGGGAAUAUGCACACAAGCGGCGCAUCGAUUCUUGUACACGCCAUCAUUUACUUCGGUCUCAUCACCAUCUUCACCAUCGCUAUUCGUCUCCACAUCUAUACUGGUUAAUGCUACCCUAACGGAUUUGUAAUUUUGUUGCUGUUGUUGUUGUUGUUGUUGUUGUUGUUGUCCUCUUCGUAUCGGUUUGUUUUAAAAUGUACUAUUUCGUUCUCUGGUUUUGUUUGUAAUUCGCGGUGUCUGGUGUAAACACAUCUUUGGAAUAUGUGAAUCUGAAUUAAGUUCAAAUAUUCAGAAUCUGCCAUGUUUGAUCCUCGGGAUGAUUUAUUUUAA